AUGUUCGAGGUACACGAAAAAUUACACGCUGUUCGAUCAUCUGCUCCAAGAAACAAAAAAUCAUUUGAUCCAAUUCCUCCAGUAGCACAAAGUAUUAUUAAUGAAUACAAAUUAUUAUGCUUCGAUGAAUUUCAGGUUACAGAUAUUGCCGAUGCAAUGAUAUUGAAACGAUUAUUUGAGAAUUUAUUUAAUCUUGAUGCUGUUGUUGUUGCCACAUCGAAUCGUUGUCCAGACGAUCUAUACAAGAAUGGGUUACAACGUGCCAACUUUGUACCUUUUAUUGGUCUACUUAAAGAAAAAUGUCAUAUAAUCAAUUUGGAUUCCGGUGUAGAUUACCGUACAAAAACCAGUGAAACUCCAAUGAAUGAAUCAAAUCUUCCCCUGUAUCAUUUAAAUAAUAAUGAUGUAAAUAAUCAACUUGAUGAAUGGUUUGUAAAAUUAGCUGUUGAAGAUGGACAUGUUGGACCACCGGUAGGUGCGUCAAUUUCAACUUACGGACGUGUAGUGACUUUUAAACACACUGGUGGCAAUAUUUUAAAAUGUACAUUUGCUGAAUUAUGUGAUACGCCUUUAGGCGCUGCUGAUUAUAUGAAUUUAGCUAAACGAUUUCAUACGGUUAUUUUAUGUGAUGUACCACAAAUGGGUGUACAUAAUUUACCUAGUUUGAAACGUUUCAUUCAUUUAAUUGAUGUUCUUUAUGAUACACGUACUCGUCUUAUUAUUGGUGCCGAUUGUCCCCUUGAAAAUCUAUUAAUAUCUAAAAAUGAUACAUCUGAUGAAUUACAAUUUACUCAUCGUCAAUUAAUCGAUGAUUUGAAAGUGAACAUGGAUCAUUCAACAACAACAACUAAUAAUAAUAAUCAUAUGAAAGCAUCAAUAUUUACCGGUGAAGAAGAUCUAUUUGCUUAUUCUAGAACAUUAUCUAGAUUACAUGAAAUGCGUUCAACAUUGUAUUGGAAUCAAAGUGGACCAAAUCGUGAGAUGGCUAACAGAAGAGAAUAAUAAUAAUAAUAAUAAU